AUGCGCCCCAAGUCGAUAUCAGUCUCGGAUCAUCAAGCUGUGCUAGUCAUUUACGCCCUGAAUAGCGGCUUCCUAAAGUCGGAUUUCUACCUUGUUCAACAGACGUUAGCGAAGGGAAGACGUUUGUUCACAUUAUUCACUUCCAUUGACGAGAAAUUUCAUGCGAAGCUUCGGCGUACAGUCUCGAACGCGUAUGCUAUGAGUACACUUGUACAAUUUGAACAGUAUAUCGACUCCACAACGACCGCAUUUCUGGAUCAGAUGAAGCAGAGGUUCGUUGAUCGACCUAGAAUAUCAUGCAACUUCUCAACCUGGCUUCAGUGGUAUGCCUUCGAUGUCAUUGGCGAGUUGACAUUCUCAAAACCCUUGGGAUUUAUUGAACAGGGCAGAGACAUUGAAGGCAUCAUUGGCAGUAUUGAAAAGAUGCUAGACUACGCUGCUGUAGUCGGACAGUGGCCGUUCCUAGACAAUAUUUUCCUCAAGAACCCAAUUCGAAUCAUGCUGAGUAAGUAUGGACUGAUCAACGCAAACACAUUCAUGGUAGAUUUCGCACGGAAGAGGCUCUCAGAGCGACUAGAUACCGUCUCCGGCGUGGCCAAAAAGUCUCCUGACAUGGACUCAUACGUGCGGAACGACUUCCUCUCACGAUUUUUGGCCGCGCAUGAAAAAGACAGUGAAUUUAUUACCAAUGACCGUGUCCUAGCCCUCACAGUCGCCAACAUCUUCGCUGGCAGUGACACGACUGCCAUAUCCCUAAGAGCUGUGUUCUAUUUUCUGCUAAAAAACCCCAUCACCAUGCAAAAACUCCUCGAUGAGCUGUUUGAGCAGAGGCGGACUGGAAACUUCAAACGCAGUGACGGACUGGUUGACUGGAAUGAGGUGCGGGAACUGCCUUACCUAUCUGCUGUGAUUCAGGAGGCACUUAGACGACAUCCGGCAGUAGGGUUGACACUGGAGCGUGUCACUCCACCCCAGGGAUCAACCGUCUGCGAACAAUUCAUACCUAGCGGAACGAUCAUCGGGUGUAAUGCGUGGGCCAUUCAUCGGAAUGCCAGAAUCUUCGGCCCGCGUACCGACGAAUUCCGCCCAGAACGCUGGAUUGACUGUACCAAGGAACGAAGGAGACUAAUGGAUAAUUCCCUGUUUACUUUUGGAGCUGGGUCGAGGACAUGUAUUGGAAAGAACAUCUCGUUACUAGAAAUGUACAAGUUUGUACCUGCGGUCCUGAUGGCGUUCGAGGUAAGUGGUCGAAUAUUUGCAUUGAAAUUUCGAAGGUGA